CUAUUCCAUCUAUUUUUCCUUUCCCCCACACUUCCAUUCCAUCGCCCCACCCAAGCCCCAAAGCCAAAGCCGCCCUCCUCUCCACGUCCCACGCUCUUCCCCUCCCCCUCCCCCGCUGUCGCCGCCACCGGAGUCGGAGUCGGAGGAGGUCUGGGUGACGGCGGCCUCCACGCGCGCGUUCGUCGUCGCGGCUUUGCCCGCGGCCGCGGCCAUGGUGAUCUCCGCCGAGCCGCACCCGCCUCCUCCCCCGGAUCCCGUCGCGGAUGGCGCCGCGGCGGUGGAGGCGGCGGCGUCGAGCGCUCGCCACCAGGCCGCGGUCCUCUCGUCGUUCCCGUCGCUGAAGACGUGGGGGAGCCACCGCGUCCUGCGGUGCGCCCACGUCAACCGCGCCGGGGACGCCAUCGCGGCCGCCAGGCGUUCCCCGGAGCAGCUCGACGGGGUCAAGGAGCGGCUCCUGCUCCACCUCCGCGAGGUGGAUGGGAGCGACGUGGUGGCCGACGCGGAAGUUGCGGCGGCGGUAGCCGCCCCGGCCCCGGCGGCGGCUGCUUCGCGCCCGUGGAAGCUGCGCAGUCGACGUCGCCCGGCGGUCGCCCCGGCGUCGAGCGCGUCUCCGCCGCCGGAGCGGAGGGCCGCGAGGGCCCGCGCGGAGGCCCUCGACAGGGCGCGGUUCUCGGUGACGCUGACGAGCGAGGAGAUCGAGGAGGACGUCUACGCUGUCACCGGCGCGCGCCCUCGCCGCCGGCCUCGGCGGCGACCUCGCCCCGUGCAGAAGCAACUCGAUCUGCUAUUUCCCGGUGCAUGGCUGUCCGAGAUCACCGUCGAGUCCUACCGGGUGCCCGACGAUCGGUGAGCUGAGCAGAGCAGAUCAGAGCACUGUGACAUCUACUAUCAGGCAAGAAAUCCCAGAAGCUAGUAAUUCAUCGAUCAUCACAAUCACAACAAUCUCCUGUUAUUAAUCGAUCCUUAUUAACCCCAUGUUAAAUUCCUCCCUUGUUAUGGUGUUGUUGUUACGAGCUAGUAGUAGUAAAUCGAUUGGUUGAUUGAACAGAGUGGGAGUAGCGGCAAUAUUAGCAGUGGUAAUUAAUUAAGGAGUAGCUGUUCUUGUUAGCAGAAGGACCUCCUAAUUAUGAAGUGGUAGCAGUAGUGGUAUUGUCCUCCUUGAUGGUACAUUUGUUAACAACAUCUCAAUUGCAAUGUUAAUGCUACCUUCCUUCCAUGCAUCCA